UUGCAUACUGAGUACAUUUUUCAGGUUGACUGGAGCCCGUCAUUGCAUCUGUGUGUUCCACCUCGAAAAGACGGCUUAUCGUUUGCUGACGAAAGGGUCGCAAAAAUCGUCAUUGAAGCCACAAAGGUGCAUGACUUGGUGCUGGUCUAUCACCCAAACAUUCGUGACCAAAUAGCUACUAUUGGACCACUGAAAGCAAAUGCCCGCAGCGCCACUGAAGUCGACCGAUUUCAACAGGCGUUGGAACGCGUUACUGCACAGGCUCGGGAGCGAAUAGAUCUCAAUGUCAUCGUUGUUUCUCCACAUGGACUCGUGGAUGUUCCCGAACGAAACGUAAGGGUUCUCGACGAUUACCUGCCUAUGGAGCUCCUCCAGGCGUGCGUCGGAAGUGGAGCUGUCAUGCAGCUCAUCGCCUUGCCAGGUAAAACGCAUCAAGUCUACUCGCAACUCCGAAAUCAUACGCCCAUACCAAACGUCAAAAUCUACUACACCACUCCUAAGAUCGGAGAUCUUCCCGAAUGGUACCACUACAAGAAAUCGUCCACAGUACCUGAUUUGGUGCUUGUCGCACAGCCGGGAUACGCUAUCAUUACGCGAGAAUCUUCCAAGCAACUCCCGGAGCGAGACGAAGUGAAGGCAGGAAUGAGUGGUUACAACAACCACUAUCCGGACAUGCAAGGAGUUUUUCUCGCCUAUGGUCCGGUAUUCCGAAAAGGAUUCCAUAAAGGCCCACUGGAGUUGUGCGACAUCUACACGCUCAUCUGUACUAUACUUCGCUUAGAAGAAUGUAACACAUCGUGUGGAAGAAUUCUACGAGUGGACGACGUUCUCACAAGUGACGCUCGAGUAGCGGCACGAUCUCAGUUACACAGGUCUAACCAGCAAGAAGCAUCAUUUGGCAAAGCCUCACUAGCAAUUGUUGUUGCUAUCUUUGUUGUGUUUUUCUCAAUGAAUAGCCUUUGA